GAUUGAUGCAUUACAAAACUCCUCUUAAGGCAAAAAUGGGGAUUAAUGUUGUAGGAGUGUUAUUAAUAAUGGAGAUGAUCAUAAUGAGAAUUGGAGUGGAAGGUCUGAGCAUGAACUACUACAUGAUGAGUUGCCCAUUUGGUGAUCAGAUAAUAAGGAAUACGGUCACUACAGCUUUGCAAGAUGAUCCAACCCUAGCUGCUGCUCUUGUUAGAAUGCACUUCCAUGAUUGCUUUAUACAAGGAUGUGACGGUUCAAUCCUGAUUGAUUCAACAAAAGAGAACACAGCAGAGAAAGAUUCUCCGGCAAAUCUAAGCUUGAGAGGGUAUGAAAUAAUUGAUAGUGCAAAGGAGCAACUGGAAGAUCAAUGUCCAGGUGUGGUGUCGUGUGCUGACAUUGUCGCGAUGGCUGCGAGAGAUGCAGUCUUCUGGGCUGGAGGACCAUUUUAUGAGAUACCAAAAGGAAGAAAAGAUGGAAUUAGGUCUAAAAUAGAAGACACCAUCAACCUGCCCUUUCCCACAUCAAAUGCCUCGGAGCUCAUCAGACAGUUUGGGCAGCGUGGUCUCACCGUCCAAGACAUGGUUGCUUUGUCUGGAGCACACACACUGGGGGUGGCAAGGUGCGGAUCAUUCAAAAACAGGCUGACCAGCGCCGAUCCGACAAUGGAUUCAGACUUUGCAAGCACUUUAUCAAAAACAUGCAGCGGCGGAGACAGCGCAGAACAACCAUUUGACACGACUCGCAACACUUUCGACAAUUUCUAUUUCAAUUCGCUGCAGAGGAAAUCAGGACUUCUGUUCUCCGACCAAACGCUGUACGGUAGCCCAAGGACGAGAGGAAUAGUGAACGGGUACGCCAUGAACGAGGCCAUGUUCUUCCUUGAUUUUCAACAGGCUAUGCUGCGGAUGGGAUCGCUCGACGUUAAGGAAGGUUCUAAAGGACAAGUUCGACAGUCUUGCCGCAAAAUUAACUAAAUCAUUCAUCCUAUUGUAUCAUAUGAUGUACUAUUAAGUCAAUCUUAAAAAUUAUUAGUUACUUAAGAUAUAAAUAAUACACUCUUAGUAUAAUUGCAAAUUGCAAGUCCUGUGUGCAAUUGGACUUAAUUACCAA